CUCUCUCUCUCUCUUCCCUUUUAAUUUCUUAUCAGAUUUCAAAUCUCCUCUUUCUUUCUUUUUUUUUCUGUUUUAUUUUCCUCUUUUUUAAAUUAAUUUCUUUUUUUGUUGAAUUAUUGAAAUGGGCUGUACAAGCUCCAAGCUCGACGAUCUCCCGGCGGUUGCUCUCUGCCGCGAACGCUGCUCCUUCCUAGAAGCAGCCAUCCAUCAGCGUUACCUAUUAUCCGAAUCCCACGUGGCGUACACCAACUCGCUCAGAGGAAUCGGCCACUCGCUCCACCUCUUCAUCAACCACCACCACCGCUUCGUCGCUUCCGGCGGCGCUAACGGCGGAGGAGGUGACUCUCCGAGACUCAACCUCCCUCCUCACAGAAAAGGCGACCCCGACGAAGAAGAAAAAUCCCCUAAAAAAGCAAAACUACCUUCCGGUUCGGGUUCUGACUCGGGUCAUCUCGAAUUCGAUUCGGAUUCAGACGAAGACGACGACUAUGACGAUGAAGAAGGCCACCUCGAUUUGGAUUCGGACUCUUUACAUCACCUCUCUCCUCAACACCACCACCAUCUAAACCAUUUCCCGAUACACGAACCUUACAUGGACCAACAACAACAACAACAACAACCGGGUUAUAACCCGUACCCGAAUCCGGAAAUGAUGACUCAUCAUCAGCAGCUUCCUCCUCCUUCUGCUUACUCGGGAGGAAGUUAUAUGCAUAUGAAUUACAUGAAGAACAAGUCCAUGCCUCCUUCAGUGAUCUAUGAGCAAAGACCAAGCAGUCCUCAAAGAGUCUACGAAGGUGAAUCAUCAUCAUCAUCAUCUUACAAUCAUUAUCCUCCUAAUUAUUACGGAUACUCAAAUACCGGACCCGGACCCGGACCCGGUUACUACGGUUCUUCUUCUUCGAGUGGUGCUACCACUAAACCGCCUCCGCCUCCUCCGUCGCCGCCUAGGUCCAACGGCUGGGAUUUUUUGAAUCCGUUCGAUACUUACUACCCUCCGUACACUCCGAGCCGUGACUCGAGGGAGCUUAGGGAGGAAGAAGGUAUACCGGAGCUGGAGGAGGACGAUUCGCAGUACGAGGUUGUUAAGGAAGUUCACGGCAGACCGAAGUUCGCCGGCGGCGGCGGCGGCGGCAGUGGUGGUAAUAACCAACCGCCUCCCGCCGCCGUGUACAGAGAAGAGCCUCCGUUGACUUCUCCGUCUCCUCCGCCGGUUGUCGAUAAAUCAGGGGCCAGCACUAGCGGCGGCGGAGAUGCGGCGAUGUAUCAGAGUAGGCCGAGCGUGUCGGUGGAGAAGAAAGGCGUGGAGUACGAAGUGCACGUUGUAGAGAAGAAGACGGUUGUUGAAGACGCUGGCAACGAAGAGAGACGGAGCAAUGCUGCGGCGCCACGUGGCGGUGGAGGAGGAGGUGGGCCACGUGCGGUGCACGAGGUCGCUAAAGAGAUUGAGACUCAGUUCGUGAAGGCUGCGGAGUCAGGAAGCGAGAUCGCUAAGCUGCUUGAAGUGGGGAAGCAUCCUUACGGUCGUAAACAUGUUUCUAAAUUGUUACAUCCUUCGCUACCUUCUACCUCUGGAGGAGGAUCUUCUGCUCCUGCUGCUGCUGCUGCUGUUACUGCGCCGCCUACUUACGCAGACAUCGAGGAAGAACUUGCGUCAAGGUCGAGGAAUCUUUCUUCCACGUUGCAUAAGCUUCAUCUAUGGGAGAAGAAGCUUUACCAUGAAGUGAAGGCUGAGGAGAAGUUGCGCGUGGCUCACGAGAAGAAGCUAAGGAAGCUAAAGCGUUUGGAUGAAAGAGGUGCUGAAGCUACCAAAGUAGACACAACUCGUAAACUAGUGAGAGACAUGUCAACGAAGAUAAGGAUUGCGAUUCAGGUUGUUGAUAAAAUCUCUGUGACGAUUAAUAAGAUUAGAGACGAAGAUCUAUGGCCGCAACUUAAUGCAUUGAUUCAAGGGCUUACAAGAAUGUGGAAAGCAAUGCUUGAGUGUCAUCAAACUCAGUCUCAAGCCAUCAGGGAAGCUCGAGGGCUAGGUCCCAUAAGAGCAAGCAAGAAACUCGGUGAAGAGCAUCUAGAAGCAACUAGUUUGUUAGGACACGAGCUUAUUAACUGGAUACUAGGAUUCUCUAGCUGGGUCAGCGCUCAGAAAGGCUACGUGAGAGAGUUAAACAAAUGGCUCAUGAAGUGUCUUCUCUACGAGCCCGAGGAGACGCCAGACGGCAUCGCUCCUUUCUCACCUGGUCGUAUCGGAGCCCCACCGAUCUUUGUGAUAUGCAACCAGUGGUCUCAAGCUCUGGACAGGAUAUCCGAGAAGGAAGUUAUCGAGGCGAUGCGUAGCUUCACCACGAGCGUGCUUCAGCUCUGGGAGCAAGAUCGGUUGGAGACGACGGCGAUGGGGCAGGGGGAUGCGGAGAAGAGAGUUAGGAACAUGGACAGGGAGGAGCAGAGGAUACAUAGAGAGAUUCAAGCGCUGGAGAAGAAGAUGGUUCUGGUGGCACCUGGUGAUGGUCUUUCUUUGUCUGGGAACGCUGUCUACCAGAGUGAUACUAGCAACGAUAGUUUGCAAGGGAGCUUGCAGCGGAUUUUUGAAGCUAUGGAGAGAUUCACUGGUGAAUCUGUGAGGGCUUAUGAUGAUCUCUUGGUGCGUGCUGAAGAAGAAACUGCUCCACGAGAAGUUGAGUCGGAUGAGGACUAAUAAGUAAAACAGGAGAAAGAUCUUUGCAAUGAUGCUGGAACACUGGGUAUACGGUUUGGUAUACUAGAAAACCAUCUGAGACUUGGGCAAGAAGAGCCCCAUCGUGAUGAUGAUCUAAGAGGAGGCAGAAACCGUGUAGAGAGACUACUGCCAAAUGUUCGGUUUAUAUAGAUACGGUUUAGUGCAGCAAGGCUUUGAACCGGAUGGUUUAGAGGAAGGUUUGAUGACUUGUUUUACUUUACCACAUAUGAUGCAGGUUGCAGAUAUUAGUUUGAGCCUAAUGGUUAUUAAAUUAGGGCAGUGUAUACAUAAGACGUUUAGGUUGAAACUUUUGGUAGCGUUCUCAACAAUUAUUUUGUAAAAUCUGAAGGUUAGUAGCAGGCAA